CACUUCCUCUAACAGGCCUCUGCGUCUUGUCUUUUGUGAUCGGUGACACACAGAUGGCGGGUACGAGAAUCACAAACCUCCAGAGUGCUGCAAAACAGCCACCAGUGAUUCAGCCUCCACAGCGCAGUACCAUGGUGCAGGGAGCAGUGCAGAUGCGCAUUAAAAGCUCGCAGAGCUCCGGAGACCGCUUGAGCCAGUCCAAGUCCAUGGUGCUGCCGGAGGUUGACCUUUCUCAGAAACCUAUCUCUCGGCAUCGCAGGAAUCAAUCUCAGCACAAUGUCGUCAUCGCAGGGGCUGCUGUGUUUGAACCACCUGUAGAGCUGAAAGGUGAACACCUGAAUGUGGCUAAAAUCUCAGAGAGCGGUAAGAAGCAAAGGAAGAACUGGACUUUGAUGUGGACUGUGCUGACCUCAGACCAGCUGCUGUUUUAUAAAGACAGACCACAGGAAACUGGCAUGAAACCGGGAAGCAAGACAGAUGUGGUUCAGCUAUGUGGAGCUAUUACAAGAUGGACGACAGAGAAGUCAAGCAAGAAAAAUGUUUUCCAGCUAACAACAAACACAGGAAGCGAGUACCUCCUCCAGGCUGAUGGUUACUCCACCGCCAGCAAAUGGUACGAUGACAUCAGAAAGGCCAUCGACUCCUCAACUAAAGUUGAUGGAGGUUUUCCUCUGCGGAGGUCAAGUAGCACAGAGUACCUGCCCAGACACAGCUCCCUACCAGGAUAUGGUUCUGCCCCCCCCACCACCAAGCAACACAACCCAGUUCACAGACGCUCCAUCAAUAUGUUCAGUAGCUCAAAGCUAAAACAUAGCACCUCAGACAGCGCUGACAAGAAUGGAGUGAGGAACAGACUGAAGAAGUUUAUCACCAGACGUCCAUCCAUGAAAACGUUACAGGAGAAAGGCCUGAUCAAAGAUCGUGUUUUCGGUUGCCAUCUAUCGACUCUCUGCAAGCGUGAAGGAACCACGGUACCGAAGUUUGUUCAGAUCUGUUUGGAUGCUGUUGAGAAGCGAGGUCUUGAGGUUGAUGGGAUCUACAGAGUCAGUGGAAAUUUGGCCACAAUCCAGAAACUUCGCUUUAUUGUUGAUGAAGAAGAGGACUUGCACCUGGACCACAGUCAGUGGGAGGACAUCCAUGUUGUCACGGGAGCCCUCAAGAUGUUCUUCCGUGAGCUGCCGGAACCACUGUUCCCCUUCAGGUUCUUCCAGCCAUUUGUGGAGGCCAUCAAGAUCAAAGAGUCUAAACACAAAAUUCAGGUUGUGAAGAAACUGAUUGUGGAGCUGCCCAAACCCAACCAGGACACGAUGAAGUUGCUCUUCAGCCACCUACAUAGAGUUCUGGGCUUUUCGAGGAAGAACCUGAUGUCCACUCAAGGUCUUGGUAUUGUAUUUGGCCCAACACUGAUGUGGCCUGAACUGGACAUAGGAAACUUGGCUAUAAAUAUGGUCUACCAGAAUCAGAUUGUGGAAUUUAUCCUCAUGGAAUGCCAAGAGAUCUUCAAUCUGGACAUGAAGUAAAUUCAUCACAUGGACUCGCAUUUACCCAUCAAAGCCAAAAACUUGCGAAACAUCUUAAGAUAUUGCAUUGUUUAAAGAUAAAAUUACUGGACUGAAGAAAAAAGCUACAGGAUUGAGAACAAGUGCUGAAGAUAAUUUCUUAAAUGCAAAUUAAUUAAUUAUGCAGCUAUUUCUUAAAUGCAGAUAGCUGCAUAAUUAAUUAAUUUCACCUCAUACAUUAAUGAAGUCUACAACACUCACCUGGUAAGUGCCAUAUUAAAAAUUGCAUGUUUUAAAUUUUUUAGGUAGAUAAAUAACCCUAAAAUAUAAAGUAUCUGAAAGAAUGAAGUACAGGAUAGUUUGAGGUACUGUAUAUGCAUUGCAGGACCAGGAUUAGGGGAGUGGAUAAUGGAAUUCAUUGCACAGGCUGCGCUCCACUGAGUAAGGCUACAUUUUUCAGGCCCUUGGGAUAUACAGUGUCCAAUUUGUGGAUCCACACUUUCUCAGCUUUACAUAUUUGAGGCAUGGACCAUUUAAGAUUGCUUUGCGAUACAGUGGCCUGGAGAGCGUGCCACCCCUGUGGUCCAGGAAGUGCUGUACAAAUGGGAUGGGGUAUGGGUCUUCCCAUGUCUCAGACUAUUACAGUAUAUCUGUGUUGGGUGAAUCUGGCUAGAACUGUGUUCCCUGUUUCUCCCACCUAUUGUAUACCACACCAUUUACAUAUGAAUAAACAAUUUUUACUGGUG